AGCUUUAACAGACUGCAUAAGGCUACUUUACAUCUCCUAUAAGGACAAUGACUUUUAAGAUGAUGCACCAUAGUUUGGAAACUUGUUGCCUCUUUUAAUGUCAUUCCGUAUGUGUGUCAUGCUUAUAGCCACCAGGUCAUUAUAAUGCUUUUUGAUCGUUUAACAGGGACCAUAGUGUUCGUGUGUGUAUCAAUAACAGCAGGUAUGUCAUGUUUGGUAUGUGCGUGAUCACUAUUGAAUUUCCUAAGGGUUGGUAUAAUGUAAAGUUGAGUACGAUGUAUUACAUGCAUGUUACCAAAUUCCUUAACAAAGUUCUAACUUAACCUUAUGCAAAGUUUGCAAAGCACAUAACUCAGAGACCAGAAUGUUAAUUAGUGUCAGAGGAGGAGAAUACAGUUUACACCCUGCCCCAAGAUCCUGCUGAUUGGAGCAAACACUUUGGGGUCAGCCCAACUGGAAAGGGUUAAAACCCCCCGACACAAAGGAAACUCUGAGUCUCAUCCAAUCCAUCUUCCAAGAGUCUCAUCCUAUCCAUCCUUGAGAGAGUCCAACACAUCUUUGGAGCCUCAUCCACACCAUCUUCCAAGAGUCUCAUCCAAAACAACUGUGCAAGAGUCCAUCAACAUCUUCAGAGAGUCCACUUCAACUAACAGCUCAAGAGAGUCUCCAUCCACAUCUGAAGGAAGUCUCAUCAACCAAGAGCUUUAGAAGUCACGAGGAGAUCACGCUUGCUCUGAGACUCCGCAUCCAGACUGGUUCUUGCAAAGCCUCCAACUCUCGCCUUCACACCGCUGUGAACCAUUCUUCAAAGUUUUGCAACCCGCCUACGAGACUCCGCCGGGUUCGCGCCUCACUCUGUUUAUCUUCCUCAUUGGUCUUUCGAGACGCUACAUAAGGCCAACCAGACCGCCGACCAAUCAACAUCGCCGGAAACUCCUUCCAAACAACAACGCAACGAGGGAAUCCCUGGCAACACAAACGCAAAAAAUGGAGACAUCCCAGAGGCCCAUGCUUGUGUUUUUAGGGAUAUGCAUUUUCUCAUUGCAAUGGAUACUGACCCAUCAGCAAGUCAAUGUGGCCUUAGGACGAAAAGCAACACAAUCUUCUUUAUACGGCAACUAUUACUAUGCUUACUUUGCUACCGAUGGCAACAGAGCAUCUCACCUGCUUUCCUACUCGUGUUCAUGCACAAAUAUUGAGAAUAAUCCAUGGUGGAGAGUGGAUUUGUUGGCAGUGUAUGAUAUUAGCACUGUAGUCGUCACUAACAGAGGAGACUGCUGUCCAGAACGAAUAAAUGGUGCCGAGAUUCACAUUGGCAACUCCUUAGUCAACAAUGGCAACAAUAACCCCAGAUGUGUCGUUAUCUCUAGCAUCCCUGCUGGUGCCUCUGCAAAGUACAUUUGCAAUAUGAGAGGUCGUUACGUGAACAUCAUCAUUCCCAAUGUUAACCAGUUUCUCACUCUCUGUGAAGUGGAAGUGUAUGGGCGUCCAGGUUACACUUUUAUAUUCAAAUCACAAUUUCAUAUAAAUUUAAAGUCAAAUAGGUUUCACAACAGUUGCAAAACAUCAACAUUGCUGACAUUUUUUGUAGUGCUUACUAAGACGGCAUUUCUGAGAUUAAAGUUUAACAGCAGCGAGGAUCUCAUCAACCCUAUCAUGAGGGACAAAGUUCUUCAAAAGAUGAAAUCUGCCAACAUCCAGUCAUCAGUAUUUCAGCUCCGUUGGACAAAGGAACCAGAACUGGAAACUGAAACUUAAAAAAAGGGUGGCAGAAAUACAUCUUAAAUAUGUAGAAGACAUGGUUGAAGAACAACAACGACAAAAAAGAACAUCAAAUGUGUGAGGUUUGGGUGUAGCAUAUGGAACUACUAGCUUGCUGAUGAUAUAUUCUUAUUGGUUAGAAGUACAGCUUUUGUUUGGAAAUGUAUCUAAGAAAAAUUAUUGUUAUUCCUAUGUAUUAUGUGAUAGAUUGAUGUAUUUAAAAUGCCCUCUUGAUUGUUGGGUUUAGUUAAGCCUAGGUUUGACUUUAAGAUAAUAGCUACAUUUUAUGGUAGGACUAUGCUAGUUACAUUUGUCUCAAAAAUAUUAUUGAGUAGAUAUAUUCAGUAACCAUAUAUACUGGAAAAGUGAGAAUUUCUGUGUAAACAUAAUGGAAAAGAAAACAUUCAAAUUAGCCUGGUAGUAAGAAUUGCUAAUUCAUGUGUAUAUAAAGGGGUACAGAUGAAUUAGUAGUUCUUUCAACCAGCUGCUGUUUUCAUUGCAGUAGUACAAAGAAGAUGCUUUCCAUGGUAACAGGGUAAAACAAAUAAAAUGAUAAAUAGUGGUAGUGAUUAUGAACGUUUCUUUAUAUAUAUAUUGCCAAGACACCUUAUGCAAUACUCAGAAUCCUUGUCACCUCCCAGCCAAUCAGACAGAGGUGGGUAGAGUAUCCAAAAUCUGUACUCAAGUAAAAGUACAAGUACUUAUGGAAAUAUUUACUUAAGUAGAAGUAAAAGUAACAAUCUUAAUAGUUACUUAAUCAAGAGUAAAAAAGUAUCCGAUGAAAAAACUACUCAAGUAGCUAGUUACUAGUUACUUCGGAUCUGAUUGAUAUGAAGCGAAAACCCUGAAUUUCAAACUACUUGGAGAGCUUUCACACACCUCUCCUUGAAAGUCUCUUUGUUCUACUUAUAUAAAACCUAGGUUGAAGUAAAGUAGCCUAUCUCAGUCCUGUGAUGGGCACAUUAACAUCACAUAACCUGUCAUUUGCAAUAAAAUCUCAAACACA